CUUACCCUUACCAUAUCAGCAGAGCAGUUGGUUCGAGGGAGAAAGUUGGUGCUGCGUAUCGGAUAAGUGCGCAACACUUCUUUCCUCUUCAAUCAAUCUGCUCUUCUGACCCUCUCGAACCCCCCUCGCCUACAAACUUGCUUCCGUUUUCCAUUCGCUCCAUUGACCGGUCCCUGAUCUCAUCCAAGUAUUCGUUGGCAAUGGAUUACACCGGUGGCUCCGCAGAAGCCGAGCAUCUCUGCGUCUUAGUCCACGGGCUUUGGGGUAAUCCCAACCACAUGGUUAGCAUCGCCAAAAGCUUACGGUCCCAGUACCCAGCCGAUAAGCUCUAUCUCCUCCUCGCCAAGCGCAACAGCGGCAGCUUCACCUAUGACGGCAUCGAACGUGGAGGCGAGCGCGUCUGCUCCGAAAUCGAAGAAGAACUGCGUCUCAUCAAGGCACGCGGCGGCAACAUCACCAAACUCAGCAUUGUCGGUUACUCUCUCGGUGGUCUCGUUGCACGUUAUGCCGUCGGCCUUCUCUACGCCAAGGGUAUCCUCGACAGACUCGAGUGCAUGAACUUCACCACUUUCGCUACCCCCCAUCUCGGUGUCCGAACUCCACUCCGGGGAUGGCACAACCACAUCUGGAACGUCCUCGGAGCCCGGACGCUCUCGGCUUCGGGCCAACAGCUCUUCACCAUUGACAAGUUCCGCAAUACCGGUCAACCCCUCCUCGCAGUCCUAGCUGAUCCCAAUUCUAUCUUCAUGUCAGGUCUGCGGAAGUUCCGCCGCCACACGCUCUACUCCAACAUUGUCAACGAUCGGAGCGCCGUGUAUUACACCACGUGCAUCUCGAAGACCGACCCUUAUACUAACCUCGACGAGACCUCCGUCGCCUACCUCCCGGGCUAUGAGGAUGUCAUCCUCGACCCAAACACCCCUGUCCGGCCCCGGCCAAAGCCCUCGCGCCAGGCGAGCUUCGCUUCCGUCUCCGCCGCCGGCGUGACGUGGCUCCGCCGCAUUCCCUUCCUCCUCACCGUUGCCGUCCUAGUCCCCGUCGGCAUACUCUUUUUCCUGGUGAACUCGUUCAUCCAAAACUUCCGCUCCUCGCAGCGCAUCCGCCUCCACGAGAAGGGCCUCGCCGGCGUCAGCAUUGGCGACUACCGCGGCUUCCCGCUCUGGAUCAACGAGAUCCGAACGGAGAUGGAGCAAGCCUACGAGGCGCUGAACAACGCCCAGGACCAGGCUUACCUCGCCAACGAGACGGACGAGGACGACGACAAGCCUGGAAGCGAGGGGGACGAAAACGGUGCCGAUGGCGAUUGCGAUACCAUGGAUGAGGCGUCCAGGAAACUCCUUGCCCACGAACGCCGCAUGUCGGUUCCGGCCCAGCCUACCCUCGCUCUGGCUCCUUACCAGUUCCGCAUGGUCCAAUCCCUGGACAGCUUGGGUUGGCGUAAGUACCCCGUUUGGAUUCACCAAGACCGCCACAGCCACGCCGCAAUGAUUGUCCGAUGGGAGAAAAAGACAUUUGCGGAGGGGAAGGUCGUCUUGCGCCACUGGCUGAACGAGGAGUUCAUCGUGUACUAGUAGCCUGCCCCCGUCACUCUGUGAUCGAGGUGGGCGGAAACACGGUUCUGGCUAAACAAGGUGCUCAUUUAUGCUGUAGGUUUCUCAGGGCGUCGGCGUGUAUGUAGUUUUCGUUAUCCUUUACUGCUUACUUGUUUCCAGUAAUAUAAAUAUAGAAUGGGUAGACCAAAAGCGAGA